AUGUCAGUUUUUGAGCCCAAGACAAUCCUUACUUUCCUCAAAACCUCGACGGCUGUCUCACCUCUCGAGAAGAAUGUUUUCGAGAAGAAUUGGAAGGCUAGUGUCAAAAAACGUGUCAGCACUUGGAACGUGUCGCGCAGCCAUAUGAACAACCCACGUCCGCAGUUUCAGCUGCAGUGGGAGGCUGAAGUCGUAGAGUAUGUCCAGUUUCUGUGGGACAAGACUCGGCCUUCUCGAUCAAAGAAAACCGAGCCUAAUAAGUUGGGCUUCAGUGUUCCUUUGCUUGGGCCACGGUUUGUACCUCCGUCUGACCUGCAUGUCCAGAAGCGCUCUGGAGUGGGUGGAGCCAUCGAGCCGACAACACAAUACCUCAAACCACUCAACAUUGUGCAUCCGUUCUACUACCCACAGCUUGCACAGUGUCCGAGAUGUGGGUCCAACCAGGAUACGACUUGGGAGGGCUGGACCAGUAAAGGAGCUCGAGAACUCCAUGGUCUGUUCUGUGAAGAGGCAGCUCUGGGGACACAGCUCCGAUGCAACCGCUGCAAGGAAUUGUCGAAGGCAAAGACCACAAAUGGUGCUGCCAGUGGUUUGGUGGCUGACACCGAGGGAUAUUGCUUUGCAACGACGAGUGCAAUGUACUGGAAAGGCUGGGAGCAUUGGAGAAUCCCACAACUGCAUCUCUUUGAGCACAAGCGCCAAAUGUUGGAGUACCUUGAGGCUGUCAGAGCUCACGAAUGCCAGAAUGAUUCGAAGAACACACUUGGAAACUACUUCAACAGCGCUAGCGUUACUUCGGGAAGACACCUUCAAGCAUUCUCAGAACCCGAUGACCCGCUUGGCUACGGUGACAAAUCCAUCUCUCGUGACACGAUAACCGAGGUUUUCAUUGACUUUUCGACUCGCACCAGGCAGAACGAGAGUGCAAAUUACUUGAAGUCGCUAUCAGCAAUAUGCGCUUCUCUGGACAACACAUUCAAGGCCGCAAACAAGGCGACACUUACAAACAAGGACGGGCAAAAGAUGAAGGAAAUCAAGGGCAGAAUACUCACUGUCCUGAAUGAGGGCAACGAGAUCAUUUCUUGGCGGUUCUGUCAGACGCGUGCAAACGCAGAGAUCACAGAGCUCCUGCUAGGCCUUAAGCAUCGUCAUAAUGUCCUUGGCCUCCUGCAGCCAAAAAUGAUCAUCGCCGACAACUGUUGUCACAUACGUGGCGCAGUGGCAUCCGCCAUGCCUGAGACAGAGGCCAAGCUGGACGUGUGGCAUUUCAGUGCCAGCGCCAUCGCUGCUGAUAUCUCGGGUGCAAUCCUCAAGAAGCACGCAGAACAUGGACGUCCAGCAGAAUAUUGGGAUCGCGGGGAACAAGAGCAACGCCUUGUCAUGACGUUCGAUAAAUGGGCUGAAAAAGGUGUGUGGUCAGCAGCAGCACAGAAGGUACACCAAGAACAACUUAAGCACGUCCGAAAAGGGUGUCUCGAGCGCUCUGAUCAACACCUUAGGUCUGAUGGCAGUCGCGUUGAGGGCACCCACAAAGGUUGGAACUCGUUGCAGCAUGCUCAGCCGAGUGGCAUCACGAUGUUGUGCGCGCUUGGCCAUGACUUUGUCCUCCGUCGAAAUGUGAGGGUCGCUUACAGUAGGCGUGAAAUGACACCCUUCGUGAAGUUCACGCAUGGCUCCCACCACAUCCACCUCUCUACCCACGUUGCAAAGCUUUACAAUGGACUGCGGGAGAAGGAUGGCUGCACACUGCUUCCUUUGCCCGAACUCCCUGACGUGGACUCUGGUGAAACCUUCGGAUUGGUUAUGUCGGAUAACGCAGCCACAUUUGGUGGUUUGCUCAUCAAGGAAGAGACCGUGGACACUGACCUCGCACACAACUUUGAGAUUUACACAGAUAGUCUUACCGGCGGGACUGUAGAUUUCGCAUCCGAAGCCAGCCAUAGUGUCAUGGUACAUUGA